UCUUUCUUACGUUGUUGGGACCAGCCAAUGUGAAGAACAGAGCUUGCUUUUCCUUUUGUUUGGUUUAAGAAAGAAAGAAACUUUUCAGAAUUUCAGUUGUACUAAUUCAAACCAAACCAAACUGGGUUUUCAUUGGUUUCUGGGUUUCUUCAAAUUAUGGAAAGAGAUUUUUUGAGUCUUUGCUCAAAAGAAUCAUCACCUGAGAUUAACAAUGAAGGGUCAAAAAACUCAGGUUUUUCAAAUGUUUCAGCAGUAAAAUGGCCUUUCUUGAACAAAGUCGCUGUUCAUUCAUAUUUGACGCCUUUUAAAGUUUCUGAAGACGAUAAGGCUAAAAUGAUAUCUUCUGGUUUCAUACAGAACUCUUUCAAACACGAUGGACAAGUUGGCAUUCAUUUUUCUGUGAAUCAGUAUCCUGUACAACACAAUGUGAAUUUUAUGAAUCGUCAUCAUGAUGUGAAGAUGUUUCCAAUUUCCAAUCAAGCAAAUUCACUUUCUGCGGUACAUCCGCUCCUAAAAAAUCAUCUUGCAACUUUUGGUCAGAAUAUAAAUGGUGCUAAUGCGAAGCAAUCACUACUUGGUGGAUUACCGGUUACCGCACCUCAUUCAGUUCUUCCGAUCGUUGGUACUGUUGCCGGUUUGGUUGAACCAUGUGAGAAACCAUCUGCACCUGCUCCUCAACUUACCAUGUUUUAUGGCGGUACUGUGAACAUCUUCAAUGAUAUCACUCCUGAGAAGGCACAAGCCAUCAUGUUGUUGGCUGGAAGUGGCUUAUCUGCAGCUUCAAACAGGGCUCAACCUGAAGUUCAGGCAUCUAGCUCGAAAUUCGCAUCAGGUGAUGAUGGUUUGCCUAUAAGUCCACCUGUAUACAUACCACCCUGCUCUGGUAUUUCAAGUCCUUUAUCUGUUUCUUCACACACUGGUCCACAGCCAGGGAGUGGCUCAAGUAGCAGUGAUGAGUUUAUGGCUGCUAAAACAUCUAGAGGCCCUACUCCUACCACAUCUGCUUGCAAAGUUGUGACUCCAAAAGUAGUCAAUGCAACCACCAUGAUUCCAUCAGCUAUACCGCAAGCUCGCAAAGCAUCAUUGGCUCGAUUUUUGGAGAAGCGCAAGGAAAGGGUGAUGAGUACAGCACCAUAUAACCUCAACAAGAAAUCUGAGGAUGCACAAAUGCCGAAUUCAAUGGGUGCUAACAUCUCUGCGACCACUGGUACUGCUAAUAUGCUGGUAGCAAACCAAGGAUAACAGUAAGUAACUCCUUCUUAUAGAAGGAGAUUACAUAAGAUGGAGAACAUUUGCUCCAACAUGUAACUUAAAAUAUUGUUAGAAGAUGACUCUAUUCUUCUUCCAUGAUUAAAACUUAUCCUGAGAUUGAUAUGUAUGUUUGAUACAUAGGUAGGCAUUUCCCUUAAAUAAUUUGUUGUGGGGGGGUCUUACCUUAUAUUAAGUGGUUGGAUUCUAUCAUAGCUUCCAACAGUAUAGCAUUAGCAUAGACCAUUAUGUAACUAUAUCUGACAAUCUGUUACAGAUAUGUUGGAGAAUUCAAACCAAGAUCGAAUAUAUAUACAUUUAUAUUUAGUUUUUAGAUUUUA